AUGAUAUUUACUCAUUCAACGUUGAUAUUCUCCUCGUCAGUUGUAUUAUUUCUCCCAUUGGUUUAUGGUGAUACUUGGUCACAAUUGGGAUGUUUUAAAAUUCCAGAUCAAUCGUCAUUAGAUUCAAAAGGAUCAUUUAUGUACCAGAGUUCUGACCAUUGCGAAAAAGAAUGCCAAGGUAAACGAAUACUUGCAUUGUUUAAUGGUGGUGAGUGUUUUUGCGGAGAUACCGAUCCUGCAAACAAAGUAAGCGAUUCAAACUGUAAUAAGGUUUGUUUUGGGUAUGGAAAGGAAAAUUGUGGAGGAAACGGCUUUUAUACUGUUUUCGUUAACUCAGAUGUUACCAAUAAGGAAAAUGACCAAGAUAAUAAAGGCUCUUCUUCUUCUUCUUCAAGCCUGAAACAACAGCAAACUAGCACAAUAUUGAAAACAACUACUGAGCUGGCGAAUACCGAUGAUUCUCAAGAUUCCACAUCCUCAAAAUCUGCUUCAUCUUCUAAUAUCACUCCAAUCACAACUACUGUAGCAUCUUCCAUUAAACCAACAACUGUUGUUUCAACUGUUAUAAACUCGGCAAAUAAUGAACCGCAAUCUGUGAUAUAUACAACAAUCAUUGCAACUCCCUCAUCACCAUUCUCCUCCUCCUCAUCAUCAUCAUUGUCAACUAGUACAGCUGGCAACUUAGGUGCUCAAUCAUCAUUAUCAUCAUCGUCGUCGUCGUCGUCACUAGCAGAUGUCAACGCAGAUAAAACUCACCGAAAAGGAACAUCGGGAGGAGUAAUUGCAGGAGCCGUUGUCGGUUCUGUAGCAGGAGUUGCAGUUAUUGUACUUUUAAUACUUGGAUUUUGCUGGUACCGUAAGAGAAAACAAGAAGAUUAUGAAGACGACGAUCAAUUUACACUUUCAGGACCCGAAAAAGGUGAUUUGACACACCCAUCCGCCAUAAGCAAUGGACCUCUGGACCCAAAUCCAUUCUUACUUGCUGGUGGCUACCAUUUCGACACUUCACAACAAGAGCAGCAGCAGCAGCAACAGCAGCAACAACAACCAUCCAGAGCACAAUCUCAACAGCAAGGAACACCACGACAGCAACAACAAUCACGUACAGAAUCAAGAAAAGGAAGCGGGAGCGCUCUAGGACUAGGACUAUAUGGUCGUGACCACAGGUAUAGUUCAAGUGGGGGAACAAGUAAUGGGAACUCGUCUGGGUCACAUAAAAACGAAGAUGGAGAGUUUUCAUAUUAUGAUACAAACGCCAAUGCAUAUAGUUAUCCACUUGCAAAUACACACAACAAUGGACAAAGUCUACAUCCAUAUGGAUCAUUUUUGGCAAGUGAAGAGAAUAACAAUUAUGGCGGUGGUGGACAAAAACCACAACCUGAGUUUGGAAGGAGGAAGUUGAGCAAUGGAUCAUUGCCCGAUAUGAUUGCCAGAGAACCGGGUUCUUUGAAAGUUGUUAAUAACUAA